GCUGCAAGUGGGGAGUGAGUGUGAUGCUGUUAACAGCACUGAAGAUACCAUAACUCCAACUUUCAGUCCUCAUGCGAGUUUGACGGAAGUGGCAAGUGCGUGUGUUGUGGAGUUGUUAAGAAGAGUUGACUUGGUUUAAUCCGCGGGUCUUAUGGAUCGAAUCCAGUUCCCCUGUUGACGCCGACUGAACAGAAAGGAAGUCGUCGACUGCCGCUCCGGUGACGAGAAGCCGAUUUGCUGGAAGUACCCCCAGUCAUGGUACCAGAGCCCAGGAAGCUGCUCGCCUUCCUUAUCUUCGUAUCGUGGGCGGAGUACACAAGUGCGCAACGUGACCGAAGUCGGGUAACACCCAUAAGAGCCAGAGAUGAGGGAAGGCAUGGUGUAGUGCAUUGGUCUGGUACUGCAAGCGAUGGGGCUCGUAAUCAGGUCAUGUUUCCACAGAGGUCAGGUCACCAGAAAAGGACUCCAGUUGUCAGAGGUGACAUGGAGCCAGAAAUCAGUGAAAGUGACAUACAUCCAUUGAGUCAAGCUGCGUAUUGGCACAAGCACCCCGGCUUGAUUCACGGAGGUGGACACACACCUCAGCGACCGCACCCAUGUGAGCAGAGCUCGUGUUAUCCAGCAACAGGGAAUCUGCUCAUUGGUCGAGAGCCUCGUCUAUCUGCUUCUUCAACAUGUGGUUUAUAUGCACAGGAACGAUACUGUAUUGUAUCCCAUUUAGAAGACCACAAGAAGUGUUUCUGGUGUGAUUCUCGGCCGCAGAAUUCAAACAAUCCACGACUCAGCCACCGUGUAGAAAACAUUGUAUAUCGUUUUGCCCCAGGGAUUCGACAACGAUCCUGGUGGCAGUCUCAGAAUGGAGUAGAAAAUGUUACCAUUCAGUUAGAUCUAGAGGCUGAAUUUCACUUCACACACUUGAUAAUCACCUUCAAAACAUUUAGACCUGCUGCUAUGUUAAUAGAAAGAUCUUACGAUUUUGGGUCAACAUGGCAGGUUUACAGAUACUUUGCUUACAAUUGUGAUGAAUCUUACCCUAAUGUACCAAAACAUAACCCCAGAACACUAACAGAUGUUGUCUGUGAGUCAAGGUAUUCAAAUGUGGCGCCCUCAACUGAUGGUGAGAUUAUCUUCCGAGUGUUGCCACCGAACCUACCCAUUGAUGACCCAUAUUCACAGGAAGUGCAGAAUCUGUUGAAGAUGACAAAUCUCCGUAUUAACUUCACAAAAUUACAUACUCUGGGCGAUGAUUUGCUAGACAACAGGGAAGAAAUUCAGGAGAAAUACUACUACGCAAUCAAUGACAUGAUAGUACGAGGUUCAUGUUCAUGCUAUGGGCAUGCUUCUCGCUGCUUGCCACUUCCUGGUGUUGAACCACGAACGGACAUGGUUCAUGGACGUUGCGAGUGCACGCACAAUACGAAGGGCCUUAACUGUGAACACUGUGAGGACUUCUACAAUGACCUGCCAUGGAAACCAGCUAUUGGAAAACAGACAAAUGCUUGUAAAAGAUGCAACUGUAACAGCCACGCUACAAGCUGCCACUUUGAUGCAGCAGUGUAUGAGCUGACAGGCCAAGUGAGUGGAGGCGUGUGUGAUGGUUGCCUCCAUGACACAAUGGGCAGGAACUGUGAACAGUGCAAACCAUUCUAUUAUGAAGACCCUAACAGAGAAAUAACAGACCCAGAAGUUUGUCAACCGUGUGACUGUGACCCUCGUGGUUCGCUGGAUGAUGGAACGUGUGACUCGCGCACAGAUUUGGCAAAUAGUUUGGAGUCUGGUCGUUGUCAUUGCAAAGCAAAUGUUGAUGGUCGUCGCUGUGACAGGUGCAAAAAUGGGUACUGGAACUUUGAUGGACAGAAUCCUGAAGGUUGUGAAUCUUGCACUUGCAACACGUUGGGCACUAUUGGCAACCAGGGUUGCAAUGUGUACACGGGGGAGUGCACAUGUAAGCGUUACGUGACCGGACGUGAUUGUAACCAGUGCUUGCCAGAACACUGGGGUCUCUCAGAUGACCGUGAUGGCUGUAAGGCUUGCGACUGUGAUCCGGGCGGCGCCUUUGAUAAUAACUGCGAUGUCAUCACAGGCCAAUGCAGGUGUCGUCUGCAUGUAACAGGGAGAAUGUGUGAUCAGCCAGAACAGAGCUACUUCACUGGCUUACUGGAUUAUCUUGUAUAUGAGGCUGAACUUGCCAACUGUAGUGAGAACUGCAGCAUCACGGACAUGUUAAAUCUUCGUCAAAGUAACUGCCAAGUUGUAAUUCGUGAGCCAUUCCGUGAUGGAAGAGAAAACACAUGGACAGGCACUGGAUUUAUGAGAACGUUUGAGGACUCAGCCUUGGAAUUCAUCGUAGACAACAUCAAAACCAGUAUGGAGUAUGACAUUGUGAUAAGAUAUGAACCUCAAGCACCCGCGAACUGGGAAGAUGUCCGUGUUAUUGUGGAAAGGCCAGGUCCAGUUGAUCGGAACGGUCCUUGUGCCAAUUCCUUACCCCAGGAUGACAUAAAACAAGACUCACUGCCUGCAGGAGCCCGCAGUGUUGCAGUUUUUCCUCCAGUGUGCCUUGAAGCUGGGCAGCAGUACAAAAUUAGGUUGGAAUUUAAGCGAUAUGACAGUCAAGUGGAAACACCAACAGCUUCUGUGCUUGUUGACUCUAUUGCACUUGUACCAAGAAUUGAGAGUGUACCAUUCUUCAGAGACUCUACACCAAAUGAAAUCAGACGUCAAGAAUACGAACGUUAUCGAUGUGGUCAAGCUUUCUAUUCUGUAGUAAAGGGAAAUAUACCAGAUGUGUGCAAACAGUACCAUUACAGCAUAGGGUUUUAUGUCCAUGGAGGAGCAUUUUAUUGUCAGUGUGACCCCACAGGUUCUGUCAGUGCACUCUGCACUUCUUUGGGAGGAGUGUGUCAGUGUAAACCAAAUGUCGUAGGGAGACGGUGCGAUCGUUGUGCACCAGGAACCUUCGGUUUUGGUCCUGAAGGAUGCAGAGCUUGUGACUGCAAUUCUAUUGGUGCUCUGGACAACUUCUGUGAUGCGCAGACAGGACAGUGCAAGUGCCGAGCAAAUACAUAUGGUCGUGAAUGUGAUCAGUGUCAGCCUGGUUUCUGGAAUUUCCCGAAUUGUCAACGCUGCGAGUGCAAUGGCCACGCGGAUGUAUGCGACUCUCGUACAGGGGCUUGCAGCAAUUGCAGAGAUUCAACGCUUGGUCACCAUUGUGAUAGAUGUAUCGAAGGCUAUUACGGGGAUCCGCGCAUAGGAGUGGACAUACCCUGCCGCCCUUGUCCAUGCCCAGAAACUGUCGAAUCUGGUCACUCAUAUGCAACUCGCUGUGCACUUGAUGCUCGCACACAGGAUGUAGUGUGUGAAUGUAGUGUUGGUUAUGCUGGACCCCGGUGUGACGUGUGUGCCGACAACUACUUUGGUAAUCCGGAGAGACCUGGUGGAUCUUGUCGUUCCUGCAAUUGCAGUAACAAUAUUGACGUCUCUCGCCCUGGUAACUGUGACAUUCGAACUGGUGAAUGUCUCCAGUGCCUCUUCAACACGGAGGGCUUUAACUGUCAGAUAUGCAAAGCUGGAUAUUAUGGAGAUGCUGUAAAUCAGGAAUGCAAGGAGUGCACGUGCAACUUGUUGGGGACGGAUGCAGAAGCAGGUCCGUGUGAUCGCAACACAGGGCAGUGCUCUUGUAGGCCAAAUGUGAUUGGCUUGAACUGCGACCAGUGCAAAGAGAACCAUUGGAAAAUUGCAAGUGGAAUGGGCUGUGAGGCCUGCGAUUGUGAUCCAGUUGGGUCUGGUGCUGAACAGUGUAAUCAAUUUGAUGGGCAAUGUGAGUGUAAGCAGGGAUUUGGAGGGCGUCGGUGCAAUCAGUGUCAAGAUUACUUUUGGGGAAAUCCAACUGAAAAAUGCCAUGCUUGCGACUGCAACCCUGAUGGAUCUGCCACAUUGCAAUGUAAUCAGAACAAUGGUAGUUGUAAUUGUAUGGUGGGAAUUGGAGGGGAGAAGUGUGAUCAAUGUGCUCGAGGCUACAUUGGGACUGCGCCCCAUUGCAGACCUUGUGGGGAAUGCUUUGAUAACUGGGACAGAAUACUGAAUGAUCUCCAUGAUCAGACUGAAAGAGUUAUUCACGCAGCAUCUGAGAUUAAACAGACUGGAGCAUCUGGUGCCUAUAGACGAGAAUUUGAAAAGAUGGAGAAACAGCUCAAUGAGGUGACACAGUUAUUGGAGAACACAACAGUUAGCUCACAUGACCUUGAAAGACUAGAAAACCUGGUGGAAAAAUUUAGGGCUAAUGUGAACAAGUCUUCUGAAAAGCUGGAUGAAGUUGAAAAUCUUCUUGAUAACACUGCAUCACGCAUAUAUGAAGCAAACUUGAAAUUGACAGAUCUCAGAAGUGCUGCUAGUAAAUUGAAGUUUACUGCCUUGGGCUUGAAAGAAAAUGCUACCAAACUUCAGGAAGCAAAUGUUGAAGGUGCAUUAAAUCUGACUCGUGAAGCCGAGAAACGGUCCCAGAAAGCUCAAGAAGCAGCAGAUGCAACAGAAAGAGAUGUAGCUGACUCUGAGCGACAGUGUAAGAGAACAGAAACCAUAGUGAACCGCACGGCUACACAGUUCUACAACAGUCAGGAAGAAAAUGAGGAGGCAGUUGACACACUCACAGAAAAACUCAAGGAACUAGAAACACAGAUUCCAGAUCUGAAUGAGUUGGUGUGUGACAAACGAGGAGACCCUUGCGAUCCAUUGUGUGGAGGAGCAGGAUGUGGAGUUUGUGGCGGGUUGUCAUGUGAACAUGGGGCUGUUACUAAAGCUGACAGAGCCCUUGGUGUUGCCAAGGAUGCUGAGAAAGCCAUUCAGGACAAGGAGAAUGAUGCAGAAGAACUGCUCAGAGGGAUAUCCCAAGCAAAGGAGGAGACAGUUACUGCUAGAAAUCUGGCUAAGCAAGCUUAUGACACAGCUCUGCUGGCUAGUAAUCAGUCAGAGAACAUGAUACUGGAAAGGACUGAUCUCACUGAUAAGCUGGAUGAAUUCCACAAUAUGGCUGGUGCCACCCCAGCUGAAAUUAGGAACCUUGCAUUAGAAACUCUUAACAAGGAUAUAUAUCUGCGCCCUGAACAAAUCACCAAUCUGACAAGCAGUAUUAAUGAUACAAUAUCAUCACUGAAAGAUAUUGACACAAUUCUGGCAGCCACUAGUGAUGACUUGGAUUUAGCAAACUCCUUAAAGAGGCAAGCAGAUAAAGCCAAAGUGGAUGCAGAAGGAAUCCUCGAUACAGCUCAGAGAGUUGUGUCAGCCUUGGACGAGGCACAAGAAGCUCAAAUGAAGGCAGAGGAAGCAAUUCAGAAAGCUCGUGAUGAUAUUUCUGCAGCAGAAAAAGAUUUGGCUCAGAUUGACAGUGAAACAGAUUAUGCUCAACAGAAAGCAAAUGAGACUGUGAAGGGAGUGAUCGUGCUUGAGGGCCGUCUCAAGGAGCUUCAGACAAGAUUCCUGAAGAAUAGUCGUGAUUCCAAAGAAGUUACUGAAGAAUCUGAGAAAGUUAAUAAAGAAGCGAAACAAGCAAAUGAUAAGACUGGUGAUCUGGAAAGCAAGCACCAGGCAGCGGCUGGGAAGCUAGAGCAGAAGGUUGAAGAAUCGGAGCGAGAUCAAACGAAGGCGUCAGACCUUCUGGAGAGAGCAAGUAAAUUGUUUCACAGCACCGCAGCCAAGCACAAAGAGCUCUUAAGUAUGAAAAGUGACUACGAGAGCAAUCAAGAUAUCCUGAAUGACUUAUUAAACACAAUAGAUGAUUUGAAUAGAAGAAUAGCGACUGCUCACAAAAACAUUAAUUCAAGAUCGGAGUACUAUCGCACAUGUGUAUCUUAAGUGCUGUGAAGUGCUGGAAGAGUGAUACAUAUUCUUCACAUCAGUCCAUGUUUUGUGUGCCAAAACUGUAUAUUGUAAUCCAUUAUAUGUAGGACAGUUUCACAAUUUUAUACCACUUUCUAAGUUAUAGAGUGUUCUGACUGCCAUGUUAUUUCUCAUUUUGCUAUUAUGAGAGUGUUAUGAGUGAACAUAGCCUUAGUUUUUAUACAUUCCACCCCAUCCCACAACUACUCCUGUAUUUUCCAUUGAGUAAUAUAGUCAAUAUUCUAAACUUGGUAUGAUUAAUUACAGUAGUAUGCACAUUUUCUCUUUUUGAAAACUACCUCCAGCAAACCUUUUUCCCUAAUUCAAGAUGUUUCACUUGCACAAAGUAAAUUAGUAAGAGCCCUGUGCCAUAAUGUAUUUGAUAGUGUAUAAUGAAUGUUCUCUACAAUGUAUAUGUCAGACUAUUCUUACAUUUCUUCAACAACAUUUCUGUACUUUUUUUAUACUGAAAUAGAUAAUAUUAGUAUUUGAUAUUAUUCACAAUUGUUGAAAACCUACCUAUUUAUUGUACUUUAUUAAUUUGAGGACUUUUUUUUUAAUUUUUUCUAAAUUGUAAGAAAAAAAUUUGUACUUGUAUCAGCAGAUUGUUUAUUGGACAGACUUUUUAUCUGGAGAUAUGUAAUGUCAGCAUGUAAGAUUUGAGGUUUUCACAGCGGUGAGUAUGAAGAUUUCAGUCUUCUGGGUUGUUGCGCUGUGUAGUCUGGUCGAUGUUAACCAACGUUUCAGAGGUCAUACUGCCUCUGUCAUCAGGGCGAUGAAUAUGACCUCUGAAACGUUGGUUAACAUUGACCAGACUUCACAGUGCAACAACCCAUAAGACAGAAAUCUGUGAUGUUGGCAUGUCUGGCAAAGAUAUGAUGGUAAGACUGUGGGUUUUCAUAUAUCUUGUAAAGUUUCAAUUCAGUAUUUAGUGCUAAUUUCCCCGAGUUCAUUGUUAAAGUGAGAGGGUUGUGCAACUAUUACAUAGUGAAGGACAUUUUGUAUUCUGAGGUGUAACUUCUCUGUGUUGUAUUGUGUUGUGAACAGCCCUCAUACAUUGUACUUAUUUGCAUAUGAGUGUCUUGUGCAGCUUGUGGGGUGAUCUAGACCCUAGAUAUAACCAAUACAAAUAAAUGCAAUUAAGAAGACA